UUCACACUAUUCAACUCGCAAUCCUCUAUCCAGCCGCAACGAGGACGAGAAGAUGAGGGGCGGCGCCCUUGUCGACGGCGACGGAGACGGCUAAAGCCGCAGUGGAGGACGGGAAGGUACACGCCUUGGGUGCGUGCUUAGGUAAGGUAGGCCAUCCUUGUUGCGCUCGUGUGCAUUGAUGGAGGAUGGAAGGGGGGAAGCCGGACAGGUUCAGGUGGGUACGCUGGCUGCCAGCGCCGGCUGCGAGCACGCGCCGCGGCGUGGCCUUGCGGAAGACGAGGCUGAGAAGGAGCGUGGAGGAAGGGCGCCUUGGUGCUCGUGGUGGACCGGAUCCAGUGAGGGGGAGGUGGGAUCCGUCGGCUGGUUGCUUCCGUGCGAGAGAAGAUUUCAGGAAGGGAGAGUGCACAGAAGUGGGAAAAGGAGAGGGUGCAGGGUCGGAGGUACAUAUGCGCACUCGCGGAUGCAGGCGAAUGGCUCGGGCUGGAGACAUGGCUCAUGGCGGCGGCGACUCUCCUCGGGAGGAUCUCGGGCAUUGAGGUCGGGGCAUGCGCUGCCCCCAGGACGGAGUCCAUCGACCUGUACUACUGGUCAUGGUCUACCACCACCAGGAGCAUCGCAGUGGCUGCGGUUUGUAUGCUAAGAUGAACUUGAGUGUCGAGGUUGAUUUGGAAGAUUAUGUCUCCAGGCAGGAUAAAAUCAGUGAUGCUGAUGAAGGUGGCAUGCAUGUUGUCCAUAAAAUUCGCUACAUCAUCCUCCUCAAGGAUUUCUAGAAGGGUUACCGAACCAAUGUCAAGAAGCAUUAAACACACUUAAACUUCUACAAAUGAGGCAACAAACUAUUAAAGAGGAUGCUUUAUUUCCUGCGGGCAAUGAUUAUUACUAGAGUUGAGUUUGUUGACAAUCGCCACCGACAGUAAUAUCCCUGUAUCUCGGUGCUCCUGUAGUUUGCACAUUCAGCCUCACCAGUAUUGUUGCGCUAUUUAGCUGUACAAAGAGUCAUGUGAGUUGCUUCCCUACAAGAGAGAAGAAUUCAAAAAGGGAGAGAGCAGAGAAGAAAGAAAAGGAGAGGGGGUGGUGGGGUCGUGCGGACACUUUGGACGGUGAGGCAUAACUCGACGUUUCUUUGAUGGCUGACAGCGAGGUACCCCACUGCUCUGAACAUUUACAUGGUUAAUGUGAGUUGAACCAUCAAAGGUGUGCGCAUUGGUAAUGGUUGAAAAAUUCGUUGCAUUAGAGAAAACUGAAUGUUCUAUCAGUUCUUUAAUAAUACAUAUUACAAAAUGUACCUUUUUGUUUAAUUGUAGGAUCACUGCACAAAAGACUUUGGAGCAGGCUGUGAUUCACACAGAACUCCCCAACAACAUCAUCGUUUGAGGAUAUUAGAUGGAUACUGAAUCCAGUAAGCCUCCAAUAGAUAAGCGAAGUCAAAUUUUCAGUUAGUAAUUUGGACGAGUGGUUCUAGCAAAUUUAUGUUUGUUCCUACAAUAGACUACCUCUGCCUGGAGAUUUGAGGUGUGACUCAAAUUUCUCUAGAAACCAAUAGUGGAGAUUUCAGUUUUUGUCACGCAUAUUCGUACGAAUUUCAUAUUUAAUGGAUCAUAAAAUUUUAUUCUACAAUCAGAUCUUGGCAUGUUUUCAGAUUUUUCAGAGAAGAAAUAAGUCUAGAGGGGUUGACGUUUGUCAUAUUUUAAAGGGCGAUCAAGUCUGCAGAAUACACAUUGAUUUAAGGAAUUCAGAUGUUACCCAUGGUCAUACGUGGAUGUAGUUUAUGAGCAACUAUCUUAUGUUGAUGGUGUGUAAGCAUGUUAGCCUCCGGUUCCCUGUUUCAUUCCUCACGGGACCAUUAUGGAUGGGCUAAUGGAGGUAUAUUGAAAUUCUAUACUGAACCUUCGUUACAUAGAAAGCUAGUCGAGCCACACCAGAAUGGAUCUCCUCGACAAGCUUUAUAUUUGGUUGUGCAUCACUAAGCUGGUAAGAUUGCAUAUUUACAAUAUUAAUUUCCAUAGAUUUAUAAUUGUUUAUGGUCACUGCUUAUGGAUGAAAUUCAGGAUAAACAAUUUUUCUUUGCAAAUUAGGAUACACACAUUACAGUCAGACGAUUUUGUGUGAGGCUACUAUUUUUCUAAGAUGUACCAUUGUCCAUCUAAUCUUCCUAAUUACAAGUGAUGUGGCUUAUUGCUAGGCUAAAGAGCCUGGAGGCGGGCCCUGCUCUCUCCGUGGCAUCAUAAUGAUUACCAUGUUUGUUAAAUUUAAUUUUCACCUCCGUGUAAUGUAUCAUAGUACUAUGCACAAAGAUACUUGAACACAAAUUAGCUCACACCUAACUUACUCGGCUCAGGAUUCUUUCAACUUUCAUGUAGUAUUGUUGAAAUAUAUAUUAUGUAAUACUCAAAUUUGGUGAUAUUUUGAUUGGGCAUAAUUAUGUCGGUAGAGGUCGACAGUUAAUGAAUUUUGUGCUAAUCUUAAGUUA